AUGAAGCUGAGACUGAGAUCUGUGCAGUCAAAAGAAACUGUGAAAAUAGAAGUUCCCAAUUCAUGUACUUUACAGCAACUAAAAGAAACCCUCUCUCGAGCAAUAUUUUCCGCAGGUUCGUCUAUUUAUUUGUCUCUUAAUAGGAAGGAUGAGCUCAACCCCUCUUCGCCUGAGGAUUCAUUGCAAUCUCUUGGUAUUACAUCUGGUGACCUUAUUUAUUUCUCUGUCAAUCCCAAUUAUUUCUUGUCCUCUGGUCAACCUCUAUGUUUAGGUUCUACUUCCUCUAUAAGAGAACAGGCUCAAGGGCAUCGGGGUAAUGUUCAAGAGCCUAUGCCUGAUCAAUUGAUGAGUGCUCAGGAGUCUGAAAUUUUGGGUUUGAAUAAGCUUGAGAAUCAAGAUUUGUGCGCACAAGGACAUGCUGGUGUUCAGGCCAAUGAUGUCAAUUCUCAAGAAACCAAAUUUGAAAACUCUGAAAUUUCUUCAGAUAUGCACGUACAAGGAUUGAAUGUUGAGCAUGAGAUUGGAGAAUCUGACAUGAGUGAUGCAGUUAUUGAAGAAACUGUGAGUGGAAAAACCUUCGACACCCAAGAAUUGACCAGUGAAGAAGCUAUGGAUGUCGAUACUGGGUCUGUAGAUGUGGGCAGUAAGAGGUUUUCAGAACCUUAUUUCUUGAGGAGGCUAUUGAGGAAAGAAUUAGGUGAAGAUGGUAGCAACUACAAGCUCUUGGUUAUUACAGUUCAUGCUGUUUUCAUAGAAUCUGGUUUUGUUGGGUUCAAUUCUAUAUCUGGGACACGAGUUGAUGGAUUUCAUCUUCCAGAAGAGCAGGCUUCUAGGAAUUUGUCAGUGUCACUUUGUUACACCCUUCCUGAACUUUUGGAUGGUAAAAAUAUUGCUGAAACAAUUGUUUUGAAGUUCCAAAGUUUAGGGCAUUUUGUUAACAUCUAUGGGUGUUUGGCCAAUGGUGGAUCGGACCUAUAUCGUGCAUGUUUGGAUAUACACAAGUUUGCGCCAACUAUAGAUUUUGUUUGGGAAAGUGAUAAGAAUGACAGGAUGAAUGAAAAUGAUAGGUCAUCCAUGUUGGAUCCUGAAAAUGAAAUUUUUGAGUUCUGGAAAAUUGUGAAGGAUGGCCUUGCUUUGCCAUUGUUGAUAGAUAUUUGCGAGAAGACUGGUUUGGUUCUUCCAUCAUGCUUGAUGCGCCUCCCUACAGAGCUGAAGCUCAAGAUUUUGGAGUUACUGCCUGCUAUUGAUAUUGCAAAAAUGGGAUGCGCAUGUUCAGAGAUGCAGUACUUGUCUUCAAGCGAUGAUUUAUGGAAGCAGAAAUUUGUGGAGGAGUUUGGAGAUAGGACGAGAGCACAGGGAGCUGUCAAUUGGAAAAAGUGGUUUGCUUCUUGUUGGGAGAAUAAGAAGAGGCAGAAGAGGGAUGCCAAUGGAUGGCGAGAGUAUCAUCCAGUUCUGCCCUUUCGCUACCCAAUCAGGAGGGACCGUAAUCGAUUCGCGUUUCCUUUAAUGAUAGGCGGUGAUUAUGAUCGUCUGCCAGGGCUUUGUAUUCCUCCCCUUUAUGGUCCUCCUGGUCAAGGAUCUCCCCGAUUUCGUCGUAAUUUUGCAUCAAAUUGUAAUUUGGGGGGAUUCAGUUCCUAG